AUGGCGCCAGAACAUGAAGAGAAACCUCCCGCUUCAGACAUGAAGGACCAGGAACAGGACAGGCAGAGGCUCUGGAUCGCCACAACAGAACGGCGAUACCUAGAAGCGCUGAUCGACGAAGCCAGUCAGCAGCUGGCGCUCAGGGACAGCUUUAUUCAGGAGCAGGAGGAAAGCUUGCAUCAGAAGCACUGUCGGCAGAGUACGGACAGUGACCUCCCGGAGCUCUGCGACCACGUGCUGUCAGCCUCUGAAUUUCUCAGCGCCACGUUCGACGCAGUAGUGCGUCGGUGCCAGACGUUAACGUGCGAGAGCGUCACGCCGACGGCCGGGCGCCGCACGCGGCAGGCGCCGGACGGCGGGCUCUGCGCGGCCCCGGCUGCUGCGCCGCUCGGAUCCUCUCCAACGGCGCAGCGCGGAAGAGACGGCGACCGCCAGCCGGCGGGCGUCGCCGUGCCAGCGGCGUCACGCGGCGCCGUAUCACGAGACGGGGCGCCGCUGGGGCGCCGGUGCGACGUCGCGUCGACGCCGACGAUGCAGACGACGCCGACGCAGACGGUAGAUGACCCACUGCCGGCGGAGCUGGAGGCGUGUCUGCAGCAGAACGCGCUGCUGGCGGACCGGUGCGAGGAGCAGGCGGACCUGCUGCGCGAGCAGACCGAACUAAUGCACAGGCUGCAUAGCCAGCUGAGCCGUAGCGCCACCGAGAACGAGCGCGUGCAGCGUCAGCUGCGGCUGGUGAACGCGCUGUUCGAGCAGCUGCAGCGGCAGGAGGCCGAGGGAGAGGCGGCACUCGAGGCUAGCCGCCGCGCCGAGUCGAGCGCCGCGGAGCCGUCCGAGCCGGGCGUGCCGGACGCCGACCAGCCCAACGGCCUCGUGGAGCGCGUGGACACGCCGCACGGCCGGCGCCUCGUCAUCCACGUCAGCAAGACGUACCUGCGCCUGCGCGACCUCAUCCUGGAGAAGCGCGCCCUCCUCAGCGAGAUCGACAAGCUGAAGGGCUUCAACGUGCAGCUGGAGCGUCGCCUGAAUCGGCAGGAGCAGCGGCUGUCGAGCGUGGCGGCCGAGCUGCACAGCACCUGGGGCCUCGUGACCAAGCUCAAGAUCCAGCACGCCCAGCUGCACACGACCGAGUCCGUGCUGCGCUACGAGCUGCGCGAGAAGCGCCGCCUGCUGAACCGGCUGCGCGACGAGCUGGAGGGCUCGCGCCAGCGCUCGGCGCUCGCCAGCCGGCUCAACGCCGAGUCGGAGCUCGAGUGGCGCGCGCUGCGCCGCGAGCUCGACCAGCGCAAGCGCGAGCUGGUGCGCCAGCCUCACGUGGAGGAGGAGGAGCCGCCAGUGCAGGCGAGCGACGUGGAGAGGGACGGUGUGGCGGGCGAGCACACCAUUGGCAGCGUCUCGCCGGAGCCCGAGCACGAGGAUACACCGGACUCAUCGGAGCUGCCGGAGUCGCCGGGCUCUGUGGAUUCGUCCGAGCUGCCGGAUACGGCGGAGACGCGUGACUCGAGUGGGCCGCGCCCGGCCGGCCGCCUGCGCACCCUCGAGCACCAAUGUCAGGAGCUGUACACGCGGCUGGUAUCGACCACGGCACGCCAGGUGGCGCUGAGCUCGCGGCUGGCCGAGCUGCACACGCUGCACGGCACCAGCGAGACGGCCUCGCUGGCCAGCACUAGCACCGACACGGCCUACGCCAGCAGCGAGCCGCAGCAGACGCCGUCCGAGGCUGAGGCCGACGAGCUGCCGUCGGACAGCAGCCCGCUCCUCCGACUCGGACGAAUCGACGGCGCCGGAUGA